AGGAGAGGAACAGGGAAGGGGCGGGAGGUGAACGCGCCAACCCGAUUGGCCAGCUGUAUGCCUGCUCUGAUUGGCCCUAGGAGGGGGCUCGGCCCACUUUGGUUGGUCUGCUGUAGGACAGUGCAGAGAGAUUCCAGAGUUAAACAAGGCAACUGAGGCACGAGAAAAAUGAGCCCUAGGACGCAGAACAGACCUCGAGGUCUCCUUUCAUGGGGUGCUGUGUGUGGAAUGAAGAGGUGCUGCAGCCAAUCAGCUGAGGGCAGAGAGGAGCCCUCCAAGGGGCCAUCAGAGCCUUAGAGCCCACGAGGCCGCCGAGGGAGAGGAGGCCUGAGCCCCAGGGUGGGCACCAGCCAGGCAUGGCUGCAGCGGAGACCGCCUUGCCCUCCAUCAGCACGCUGACCACCCUGGGCCCCUUCUCGGACACACAGGAAGACAUUCUCAAGUGGUGGCGCUCUGAAGAGAUGCAGGACUUGGGCCCUGGCCCGCCCGACCCCACAGGGCCACCCCUCCAUGUGAGGCCUGAGUUGAAGGAUGCAGCCGGGGAGGACGAAGACGAUGAGAGGGACGCGGCUACUCCCUGGGACCUGGAUCUUCUUUUCACCAACUUCCCGUGCCCAGAGCCGGGCGGUGCGCCCCAGACCUGCGCUCCCCAGACUUGCCCUCUGGCGCCCGGCGAGGGCCCCGGAGCGCAAGUCCCACCGCCGCCAGAGACUCUGGGCGCGUACGCGGGCGGCCCGGGGCUGGUGGCUGGGCUCUUGGGUCCCGAGGAGCACCCGGGCUGGUCGCGCCCGGCCCCACGAACCCCGGCUCCCGAUGCUUUCGUGGGCCCAGCCUUGAUCCCGGCUCCCGAGCCCAAGGCGCUGCCGCUGCAGCCGAUGUACCCGGGGCCGGGUUCGGGUUCCUCUGGCAGCUACUUCCCGCGGACGGGGCUUUCAGUGCCUGCAGCGCCGGGCGCCCCCUACGGGCUGCUGUCCGGAUACCCUGCACUGUACCCGAUGCCGCAGUACCAAGGGCACUUCCAGCUCUUCCGCGGGCUCCAGGCGCCGGCGCCCGGCCCCGCCACGCCCCACUCCUUUCUGAGUUGUCUAGGGCCCGGGACGACGGGUGCAGGACUCGGGGAGACCACAGGAGACACAGGAGGGGCCGCGGAGGCCGCGCCAUCCAAGCGCAGCCGGCGAUCAUGGGCGCGCAAGAGGCAGGCUGCGCACACGUGCACGCACCCGGGCUGCGGCAAGAGCUACACCAAGAGCUCGCACCUGAAGGCGCAUUUACGCACGCACACAGGGGAGAAGCCAUACGCCUGCACGUGGGACGGCUGUGGCUGGAGGUUCGCGCGCUCCGACGAGCUGACCCGUCACUACCGAAAGCACACCGGACAGCGCCCCUUCCGCUGCCAGCUCUGUUCGCGUGCUUUUUCACGCUCUGAUCAUCUAGCCUUGCAUAUGAAGCGUCAUCUUUGAGCCCUGCCCUGGCACUUGGGGACUGGGGUUGGAACAAAAGUGGAUCCACGCAGGGUGCUUUUCCCUCGGAUGAACCCUCGUCUGGACUCUUGGCCCCACAGAUCCACCAAAAGAUCAAGGACUGGCCCAUAGACAGACCUGGGGGAGCCUCCAACAGAAGUUCCCACAUGUCCUCGGCCACAGGGAGCCACAGUCACACACGGUCAUGUUGACUUAGUGAGACAGACCUCCAAAAAAAUGGACUCGGAUACUUAGAUACUUCUGACAAAGAGACAGACCCUCAGAGAGCUGGACCAUCAGAACAGCUCACAGGCGGCCCUAUACAGCGGGAGGGGGUGUGGGGUGAGGCUUCCCAGAGACCCUGGUUCUAGAAGAAGGCUUCACACUGUGACUCCUGAAGCUCCACAUAGUGGCUGGCAUUGCUGUGAAUGGUUAUGGGUCCUGUAAAAAUGCC